AUGAUUGCUGUUAUCUUACUACUAUUCUCAUUUGUGAAUAGUGUUGCUAGUAACUGCUUGAUUGGUUCAUCAUGUGGUGCUGGCCGCUGCUGUUCUUCAUUUGGUUAUUGUGGCACAGGUGUCCAAUUUUGUGGUACAACUGGAGGAGUAUAUGCUACCCGUGAUUGUCGUGUAGUAGGUUGUCCAAGCGGUGGUUGCUGUUCACGUUUUGGAUAUUGUGGUACAACAGCUGAACAUUGCGGUGGUAUUCUUGUACCUAAUCCAGCAAUUGGUAACUGCCGAGUAACUGGCUGUUCAGCUGGUUCAUGCUGUUCACCAUAUGGAUAUUGUGGAAAUACAGCCGCUUAUUGUGGUACUAUAUCUUAUGGCAAUUGUGCUUAUACAGCAUGUGCUAGUAAUCUCUGUUGUACACAACAUGGAUAUUGUGGUGCAGUUGGUGCUUCUUGUGUAUCACGAAAAUUAUUAAAUAAUAUUACGCCAGCAUCAAUUGAAGGUGAAUUUCAAGGUCAAGCAACAUAUUAUAAUGAAACUAAAGUUAGUUCGGACUAUUCAACAUGUGGUACUGAACGAGCACGUUCAUUGAAUGAAGAUGAUGAAAUAAUUUAUACAGCUGCUCUUAAUCAAGCACAAUUCGAUCCAUAUACUGUUGAUGGUAUUCCAAGUAACAAUCCAAUUUGUCAAAAGAAAGCUUUAGUAAAAGGUCCACAAGGUGAAAUAAUUGUUCGAUUUGUUGAUCGAUGUCCUGAAUGUAAAGAAGGUGAUCUUGGUUUGACAGAAGAAGCAUUUCUUGCUGUUAAUGGUGAACUUGGUACUGGUGAAACCAAUGUUGAAUGGCAUUUUAUUUAA